AUGGCGCCCUCCCGUUUGAUCGUCCACGUCGACCGCGAAGACCUCUACACGAAUCUCGAAGCCCGCAUCCGCUACCUGCACUCCUUUCUCGACUUCAGCAGCAAGGACAUCGAAGCCCUGACCUCGGGCGCAAAAUACAUCAAGGCCCUGAUCCCAGCCAUCGUCAACAUAGUCUACAAGAAGCUGCUGCAAUACGACAUCACAGCGCGCGCCUUCACGACGCGGUCGACCUCCUACUCGGGGCCCCUGCCCGCAGAAGACGCCGCGUCCGCAGCGGCCGAGCGGCUCUCGGAAGACUCGCCCCAGAUCCUGCACAGGAAGCACUUUCUCCGCGCCUACCUCGCCAAGCUCUGCUCCGACCCCUCGCGCCUCGACUUCUGGGCCUACCUCGACAAGGUCGGCAUGAUGCACGUCGGGCUCGGCCGCGCCCAUCCGCUGCACGUCGAGUACGUCCACCUCGGCGUCUGCCUCGCCUUCAUCCAGGACGUCAUGACCGAGGCCAUCCUGUCGCACCCGCGCCUGGCCCUGCCGCGCAAGAUGGCCCUCGUCAAGGCGCUCGGCAAGGUCAUCUGGAUCCAGAACGAUCUCAUGGCCAAGUGGCACGUGCGGGACGGUGACGAGUUUCGACCGCCGGGUGACGAGGAGAUUGUCAUUGAGAGGGAGGGGUAUCUGAACGGCAAGAAGAUUCUAGACGGAAGCGAUGACGAGGGGGACGAGGGCGCCUCCGAUGGUCAUGCGCAGGGAUCUCCGUCAAGGUUGCCAAGGCCGUCGAGCGCGAGUGUGAGUGCGAGUGCUGGCAGUGCACCAACGUGCCCGUUUGCCGGCAUGGCGGCUGGUGUUGACGGACUGAGCGUCGGGGAGAAGUCAGCCGGGCACAAGACAACAUCAGCGGAGGCGGCCUAG